CUUUCCAUUUAUCAAAGAAAGACAAGCGCCCCCGAGCCCCGGCAGCAUUCACUGCUCCUUCCUUCCUUCUUGCUCGCUCGCGAACUGACUCGGCCUCCACUUUCUCUUGUCACUCCAUUUUCUCAGAUUUGCAGGGCUGGCUAAGUCAGGUGGUGUAUCAGAUAUGUUACUGUCUGUUUAUGCUUAGAGACUGAAAUUUGUUUUGAUAACAAUGGCUUCGAGAGCAAUCUUGCGGAGAAGGGGAUCCCUCUUUGAUUCCUUGAGUGAACCGAAUUACUUGAUUCGGGUUUUUUCGAGUUUCAAGUAUGGUCGAGGACUGCCUCAAUUAAAUGACUCGCAAGAAUCGAGAUGGGUUACUAGUCAUCCGUUUGCGAAUACUGAUAGUAGAAUUGAAGGUGGUUUGUCAUCAGCAGCAGGGUUUCUUAGGCACAAUUCUUUUGGUUUAGGUCAUGGAAUUAGAAAUGGUGAUUUUGUUUCUUCCUUGGGGAUUGGGUGUUAUUCACAGUCUUUACGUUAUGCUUCAAUAGCAACUGCUGGUAAACCUGAAUAUGGGCAUGGUAACGAUAGAAAUGAACAGCAGGCUACCAAACAGGUGAAGGAAGCUUCGCCGGAGGAGUGUGAUGAAGCUGUUGAAGAUUUGACUGAGGUUAAAGCCAAGGCUAAGGCUAAGCAGGUGCGAGAGUCCCAAAAGAGUGCAAAAACAGUAAUGCAGAAAAUAUGGGCUAAGCUUUUGGGUAUUGGCCCUGCUUUGAGAGCCAUUGCUUCUAUGAGCAGGGAAGACUGGGCUAAGAAGCUUCAUCAUUGGAAGGAUGAAUUUAAGUCUACAUUGCAGCACUAUUGGUUGGGUACAAAACUACUUUGGGCUGAUGUUAGGAUUGGUUCGAGGUUACUGGUGAAACUUGCCAAUGGGAAGGGUCUUUCAAGAAGGGAAAGACAACAACUAACACGCACUACUGCCGACAUAUUUAGGCUGGUCCCUUUCGCUGUUUUCAUCAUAGUUCCAUUCAUGGAGUUUUUGUUGCCAGUAUUCCUAAAACUAUUUCCAAACAUGUUGCCAUCAACCUUCCAGGACAGGAUGAAGGAACAGGAGGCAUUAAAAAGAAAACUAAAUGCAAGAAUUGAAUACGCAAAGUUUCUUCAAGACACGGUGAAAGAAAUGGCAAAAGAAGUCCAGAACUCUCGAAGUGGAGAAGCAAAGCAGACAGCGGAAGAUCUUGAUGAGUUUAUGAACAAGGUUAGAACAGGUUCCCGUGUUUCCAAUGAAGAAAUUUUAGGGUUUGCCAAGCUAUUCAAUGAUGAGCUUACUUUGGAUAACAUUAGCAGGCCUCGGUUAGUAAACAUGUGUAAGUAUAUGGGUAUCAGCCCAUAUGGAACAGAUGCAUAUCUACGCUAUAUGCUUCGGAGAAGACUGCAAGAGAUCAAGAGUGAUGAUAAGAUGAUUCAAGCUGAGGGUGUGGAGUCCCUUUCUGAAGCUGAACUCCGUCAAGCAUGUAGAGACCGAGGCUUGCUUGGAUUGCUUUCUGUGGAGGAAAUGCGGCAACAGUUGCAUGAUUGGCUGGAUUUGUCUCUCAAUCGCUCUGUGCCAUCCUCUCUGUUGAUAUUGUCCAGAGCCUUCUCUAUUUCUGGAAAAGUUAGGCCUGAGGAAGCUGUCCAGGCUACACUCUCAUCUCUUCCGGACGAGGUGGUGGAUACUGUUGGAGUUACAGCCCUGCCAUCUGAGGAUUCAGUUUCAGAAAGGAGGAGAAAGUUGGAGUACCUAGAAAUGCAAGAAGAACUGAUCAAGGAGGAGGAGGAGGAGGAGGAGGAGGAGCAGGCCAAGAUGAAGGAAUCUGUUAGUAGUCAAAAGGAUGUGGCUUUGGAAGAGAUGAGUAUUCCAACAGCUAGAGAUGCACGAGAACAGGCAAAAGCAAAAACAUUGGAGAAACAUGAGCAGCUUUGUGAACUCAGCCAUGCAUUGGCUGUAUUAGCUUCUGCAUCUUCUGUGAGCAGGGAGCGUGAAGAGUUCCUGCGCCUUGUCAAAAAGGAGAUAGACUUGUAUAACAGUAUGGUGGAUAAAGAAGGCACUGAAGGUGAGGAAGAAGCUAAGAAGGCAUACAAAGCUGCCAGAGAGGAGAGUGAUCAUGCUGCUGAGACAGCUAUCUCUGACAAAAUUUCUUCAGCCCUGAUCAAUAGAGUAGAUGCCAUGCUCCAAAAGCUUGAAAAGGAAAUUGACGAUGUUGAUGCCAAAAUUGGAGAUCGAUGGCGCCUGCUUGAUAGGGAUUAUGAUGGGAAAGUGACUCCUGAGGAGGUUGCAUCUGCUGCUAUGUACCUCAAGGACCACCUGGGAAAGGAGGGGAUCCAAGAGCUCAUAAGCAAUCUUUCCAAAGACAGAGAAGGAAAGAUUCUUGUGGAAGAUAUCGUCAGAUUAGGCAGUGAAAUGAAAGAUGCUGAUGCAGCAGCGGAGGAAGGAAAAUCAUAGAAAUCAUGAACCAAAAUGCCCCCCCUGUUUCUGUUUUGUUUCGCUGCUUAACGUCAUCUUCUGGUUGCGUAGCUGUCCUAUUGGUCAUCGGGAAUGUAUUCCGUUUUGUCUAGACACUGAGGACGACACCGGCCUCAGUAUCCAUGACACGUUGAGAGUAAUUAAACUAAAGGAAAGGAAAAUGAAAGAUCCUUUGUGGGUAAUUAAAAUGCAUAUAUCAAUCAGAUCUCCUUCAGAAUGGCAUCCGUGAAAGAAAACCAAGUAUGUAUACACAUCUUAUAUUAAUAAUACAAUUACUAUUUUGUUUCGCUCUGUAGUCGAACAAUGGUAGC